AUGGCGUCCAACAACGUGGCUUCCGAGCGGAGGAUCUCCUAUGCUGUCGACGUGGAGAACGGUGAGCGCCAUGAGCGCCAAACUGAUGUCAACGACGGCGGAAACCUCGACGAGUACUCGGCUCUCAACCGCUACAUCUCGACUGCCCGCGAUGGUCGUCGUGGUUCUACUUCCAGCGCUGCUGCGCUUUCCGCCAAGCAGGGCAAGAAGCCCUGGUACAAGUUCGGCAAGCAGGAUGAUGGUGUCGCUGGUGACUGGCAGGCCCCCGAGGACUGGCUGGAGACCGAUCUCCGUGCUGGUCUGAACUCCAGUGACAUCGAGCCCCGUCGCAAGAAGUGUGGCUGGAACGAGUUGGUCACUGAGAAGACCAACAUCUUCAUCCAGUUCAUUGGUUACUUCCGUGGUCCUAUUCUGUAUGUUAUGGAACUUGCUGUCCUUCUCGCUGCUGGUCUGCGUGACUGGAUCGAUUUGGGUGUUAUCUGUGGUAUUCUGUUGCUUAACGCUGUUGUCGGUUGGUACCAGGAGAAGCAGGCUGCCGAUGUCGUCGCUUCCCUCAAGGGUGAUAUUGCUAUGCGUGCUACCGUCGUCCGCAACGGUCAAGAGGAGGAGAUCCUCGCCCGUGAACUGGUUACUGGUGAUAUUGUUAUCGUUGAGGAGGGUCAGGUUAUUCCUGCCGAUGUCCGCCUCAUCUGUGAUUACGAGAAGCCCGAGAUGUUCGAGAACUACAAGGAGUUCCUGGUCACCUCUCAGGACGACACCCUGAAGGAGAAGGACGAUGAUGAGGACGAGGACGAGCGCCGUGAGGCCCACGCCGGUGUUUCUCUCAUUGCCUGUGAUCAGUCCGCUAUCACUGGUGAGUCUCUCGCCGUCGACAAGUACAUGGCCGACACCUGUUACUACACCACCGGUUGCAAGCGUGGCAAGGCCUACGGUAUUGUCACUGCCACUGCUCGCCAGUCUUUCGUUGGUAAGACCGCCGCUCUUGUGCAGGGUGCCAAGGACCAGGGUCACUUCAAGGCUGUCAUGGACAACAUUGGUACCUCCCUGCUCGUUCUCGUCAUGUUCUGGAUUCUCGCUGCCUGGAUCGGUGGUUUCUACCGUCACCUGAAGAUCGCCACCCCUGAGAACUCCGACAACAACCUGCUCCACUGGACCCUGAUUCUCCUGAUCAUCGGUGUUCCCGUCGGUCUUCCCGUUGUUACCACCACCACUCUCGCUGUCGGUGCUGCCUACCUCGCCGAGCAGAAGGCUAUUGUCCAGAAGCUCACUGCCAUUGAGUCCCUCGCUGGUGUCGACAUUCUGUGCUCUGACAAGACCGGUACCCUCACUGCUAACCAGCUGUCCAUCCGUGAGCCCUACGUCUCUGAGGGUGUUGAUGUCAACUGGAUGUUCGCUGUCGCUGCCAUUGCCUCUUCCCACAACAUCAAGAACCUCGACCCCAUUGACAAGGUCACCGUCCUUACCCUGCGCCGCUACCCCAAGGCCCGUGAGAUUCUCUCCCGCAACUGGGUUACCGAGAAGUACACUCCCUUCGACCCUGUCUCCAAGCGUAUUACCACUGUCUGCACUUGCGAUGGUGUCCGUUACAUCUGUGCCAAGGGUGCCCCCAAGGCUAUCCUCAACAUGUCCGAGUGCUCCCCCGAGGAGGCCAAGCUCUACCGUGACAAGGCUUCCGAGUUCGCUCGCCGUGGUUUCCGUUCUCUCGGUGUCGCCGUCCAGAAGGAGGGUGAGCCCUGGCAGCUUCUGGGCAUGUACCCCAUGUUCGACCCCCCUCGUGAGGAUACCGCCCACACCAUCGCUGAGGCCCAGGUUCUUGGUCUUUCCGUCAAGAUGCUUACUGGUGACGCUAUCGCUAUCGCUAAGGAGACUUGCAAGAUGCUUGCUCUUGGUACCAAGGUUUACGACUCUGAGCGUCUGAUCCACGGUGGUCUCGCUGGUUCCGCCCAGCACGACCUCGUUGAGAAGGCUGACGGUUUCGCUGAGGUCUUCCCCGAGCACAAGUACCAGGUCGUUGAGAUGCUCCAGCAGCGUGGUCACUUGACUGCCAUGACUGGUGACGGUGUUAACGAUGCUCCCUCCCUGAAGAAGGCUGACUGUGGUAUUGCCGUUGAGGGUUCCACUGAGGCUGCCCAGGCUGCCGCCGAUAUUGUCUUCCUUGCCCCCGGUCUUUCCACCAUUGUCGAUGCUAUCAAGCUUGCCCGCCAGAUUUUCCAGCGCAUGAAGGCUUACAUUCAGUACCGUAUUGCUCUGUGUCUCCACCUCGAGAUCUACCUGGUUACUUCCAUGCUUAUCAUCGAGGAGACCAUCCGCUCUGACCUGAUUGUCUUCAUCGCCCUCUUCGCCGAUCUUGCCACCAUUGCCGUUGCUUACGAUAACGCUCACUUCGAGGCCCGCCCCGUCGAGUGGCAGUUGCCCAAGAUCUGGGUCAUCUCCAUCGUCCUCGGUGUUCUCCUCGCUGCCGCUACCUGGAUUGUUCGUGCUUCCAUGUUCCUGUCCGACGGUGGUAUCAUCCAGAACUGGGGUUCUCCCCAGGAGAUCCUCUUCCUUGAGGUUGCCCUGACUGAGAACUGGUUGAUCUUCGUUACCCGUGGUGGUAAGACCUGGCCCUCGUGGCAGUUGGUUAUUGCCAUCUUCAUUGUCGAUGUUCUUGCCACUCUCUUCGCUGUCUUCGGAUGGUUGGGUGACUGGAACCAGACCCACCCCCACGACCCUGCUGCCUACGGAUUCUCCCACAACAACAACAUUGACAUUGUCACCGCCGUUGUCGUCUGGGGUUACUCCAUUGGUGUCACCGUCAUCAUUGCCGUUGUCUACUACAUCCUCACCAUCAUCCCCGCUCUGGACACCCUUGGCCGCAAGACCCGCUCUAAGGCUGAUACCCAGAUCGAGAACAUGAUUGCCCACCUUUCCAAGCUGGCCAUCGAGCACUCGACUGACCGUGAGGGCAACUCUCGCUACACCCUUGGUGCUCGCGUUGAGGAUGUUGAGGAGGACGAGUAA